CUCGCUCAGUGUCAGAUAGUAUACUAAGAGUGAACAUGAAAGCUGUUGUGUUCUACUUGCUCACUAUCAUCGCUUGCCUAUACGGCAAGCGGUUCAGAUGCGACUACAAGCACGUGCCGGCGGUCGACGGCUGGAUCAAGUACCACGAGGUGCCGGCGAACUGGCGCGAGGCGAGACUCCGGUGCCAUCUGGAAGGAGCGAAAUUGGCGUCACCGUUGACGGAGGAGCUGAAGACCGCUCUCCGGGGGCUGAUCCCCGCGGGCGACGACUGCGGCGUCUUCACCGGCAUACACGCUACCUUCUCACGGGGGGACUUCCAUUCAGUUGAAGGAAUUCCCCUGUGGAAGAUCCCUCACGUGUGGGCGGCGAACGAGCCCAACAACGACAAGGACGAGGAGAGCUGCCUGCUGAUGACGUCACAGGGGGAGUUGGCCGAUGUCAGCUGCGCCGAAACUCUGCCCUACCUAUGCUACAAGAAGAACACGCCCAACAUGGUCGUGAACAGCUGCGGGACCAUAGACAAUUACUAUACGAUGGACCACCGCACCGGCAGCUGCUACAAGUUCCACCGCGUCCCCCGCACCUGGUCCCGGGCCUACAUGGCCUGCGCGGCCGAGGGCGGCCACCUCGCCAUCAUCAACAGCGAGACUGAGGCUCAAGUGAUGAAAGAAAUUUUCGCGAAGAACCCCGGCGGUAAGAUGCUGGGUAACUUCUGGAAGGACGUGGCUUUCAUCGGCUUCCACGACUGGAAUGAGCACGGCGAGUGGUUGACCAUUGAAGGUCAAACCCUGGAGGAAGCCGGGUACGCGAAGUUCUCGGGAGGGGAACCCAACAACUCCACCACGGGCGAGUUCUGCGGCUCCAUCUACCGCAAUGGCAUGUUCGACGACCUCUGGUGCGAGAAUAAGUACGCAUUCAUCUGUGAGAAGAGCCCCGACUCCUUGCUGUGUGAGGACGACCAAUGAAAUGGCCGCACCACGUAGCUGACCAAUCAGCGCGAUUCUUGGUCUUAUUUGGAAUCAUUGAUUGGUCCUGAAUGUCGAUACUGAAUAAACUUGGAACAACCAAGCGCUCGGCGUCACAGGCAUCAUCUUUUAAGAAGCAUAGACUAGUUAGUGACUUCUCAUAUUAUGCAAGAAGAACCCUGAUUUUAAUAAAAUAUAUUAUUAAGUUGU